AUGACAGAGGGCCGGCACUGCCAGGUGCACCUCCUCGAUGACAGGAACUUGGAGCUGCUGGUUCAGCCCAAACUCUUGUCUCGGGAGUUACUGGAUCUGGUGGCCUCACACUUCAACCUGAAAGAAAAGGAGUAUUUUGGGAUAACGUUUAUAGAUGAUACAGGUCAGAGCGUCUGGCUGCAGCUGGAUCACCGAGUCCUGGACCAUGACUUGCCCAAGAAACCGGGCCCGGCAACUUUGUACUUUGCCGUUAGGUUCUACAUUGAGAGCAUUUCCUUUCUCAAGGACAAAACUACAGUCGAGUUGUUCUUUCUGAAUGCGAAGUCCUGUGUGCACCAGGGGCAGAUUGAAGUGGAAAGUGAGACUGUCUUCAAGUUGGCAGCCCUGAUUUUGCAGGAAGCUAAAGGGGACUAUUCCAGUGAUGAAAACACUAGAAAAGACUUGAAGACACUGCCUGUCUUUCCUACCAAGACACUGCAGGAGCAUCCAUCACUCGCUUACUGUGAGGACAGAGUAAUUGAGCAUUAUACACAAAUUAAAGGUCUGACCAGAGGACAAGCCAUUGUUCAGUACAUGAAAGUGGUAGAAGCUUUGCCAACAUAUGGAGUUCAUUACUAUGGAGUAAAGGAUAAACAAGGAAUCCCGUGGUGGCUUGGAAUAAGUUACAAAGGAAUAGGCCAGUACGACUUACAAGACAAAGUUAAGCCCAGAAAACUAUUUCAAUGGAAACAGCUGGAAAAUCUCUAUUUCCGUGAAAAGAAAUUUGCUGUGGAAGUACAUGAUCCUCGCAGAAUUUCAGUGUCGAGAAGGACCUUUGGUCAGAGUGGACUGGUAGUGCAAACCUGGUAUGCAAACACUUCCCUGAUCAAGUCCAUUUGGGUGAUGGCAAUCAGUCAACACCAGUUUUACUUGGACAGAAAGCAAAGCAAAGCAAAAAUUCCUUCAGCCAGAAGCUUGGAUGAUAUCGCCAUGGAUCUGACAGAGAUGGGAACACCAAAAGUUUCAAAGCUAGUGACUUUGGAAGCAAAGAACCAGCUUAUUAUGGCCAGCAACGGCAGUUUGGUCUCAUCAGGGUCUCAGGAUUCAGAGGUCAGUGAAGAACAAAAGAAGGAGAAAAUUAUGGAACUAAAGAAGAAAGAGAAACUCCUUCAGGAAAAACUGCUUCAGAAAGUUGAGGAGCUGAAGAAAAUCUGCCUGCGAGAGGCGGAGCUGACGGGCAAGAUGCCCAAGGAGUAUCCUCUGAGCGUUGGAGAGGAACCUCCCCAGGUCAGAAGACGUGUUGGCACAGCCUUCAAGCUGGAUGACAACCUGCUCCUGAGCGAAGAGGAUCCCACUUUGCAGGACCUGGAGAGCAAUUUUAUCAUACAGCAAAAGCUGGUGGAAGCAGCAAAGAAACUUGCUGGUGAGCCAGACCUCUGCAAAAAUGUGAAGAAGAAAAGAAAGCAAGAGUAUACCGAUGCUGUAAAAAAGCUGCAAGAGAUAGAAAAUUCCAUAAAUGAGUAUAGAAUCAAGUGUGGCAAAAAACCAACCCAGAAAUCAACUCUCACUCUACCAGAUGAUAUAAUUCCAUCUGAGAGCAGUUCCCUGUCCGACACAACCACCUACGAUGAUGUGAGUGAAUCGCUUCCUGUGCCAGCACAGAGACCCAGCUCUGCGCAGCUUUCUCCAAGGCUUCCUCCACCAAAGUCCCUCGGGGUGGAGAGGAUUCAUCUCAGAAAGUCAUCCAUAAACGAGCAGCUCUUGGAAACCAGACACUCCAGGGACCCACUUUCAACUCAUAGCAGUCCUUACCGAACCCUGGACCGGCCACCACAGCCCCACGGAGGGAGAAGCAUGCCUACAACCCCCGUGCUCACACGCAAUGCCUACAGUAGCAGCCACUUACAGCCAGAUGUUUCCCCGCACCAUUGCCGGCAGCGCAGUGGAAGUCUGGAAUCCCAAACCCACCUGCUGACCGAGNNNNCUGCUGAAAAGGCAGCCUUCACCCUCUCCAAGUCCCAGCGAAGCAGCAGCACAGAGAUCCUCGAUGACGGAUCGUCCUACACUAGCCAGUCAAGUGCGGAAUAUUACUGCGUGACACCUACUCCCAAACCAUAUUAUACUACUCAGACGCUCGACAACAGGACCAGGGGCCGAAGGCGGUCAAAGAAACAAAACAUUUCUGCUGCAAGUUCAGGAAGUAUGCCAAAUCUUGCCCAGAAGGAUGUCCGCAAUGGUGUCUAUCACAAAAGUCAGGAGCAGCCUUCCUCUAGUUACUAUAUUUCUGGAUAUUCCCCAUACACCGAAUCUGACGUUUAUUACAAUGGAGGAUAUGUUUAUGAGAGUGAUACGGAGGGACAGUACAGUGUCAAUCCUUCCUAUCGCUCGUCGGCACAUUACGGAUAUGACCGUUACAGGGAAUUCAGGUCUUACCAUGAGGAUGAAGUGGACAGAGUACCGCACAACCCGUAUGCAACCCUAAGGCUUCCAAGGAAGCAAGUUGCUAAAACGGAGCAUAUAACCAAAAACAUUCACAAGGCCUUAGUAGCAGAGCAUCUCCGUGGUUGGUACCAACGUGCCUCCAGUCAAAAGGAACAGGGUCAUAGCCUGCAGGCAGGCUUUGAGUCUGACAGAGGAUCUCAAAGGAGUUUGGGCUUUGCUGGUCCGCAGGUGCCGUGUUCUCCGAGCAGUCGGGUGUCGUCUUUCUCUUCGGCAUCUUCUGCAAACACUGCUGGGAACUGGCGAAGCCCACUUGCACCGGGACUUUCAGACUACGAUACGUUGUCUCAUUCCUCUUAUUCCAGCUGUUACGGGAAUGUUUAUGGCAACCUUCCUUUGCAGAGCAGAGCCUAUGCAGAGACGAGCCAGCUGGGUGGCGAUGAGGAGAGCCGGUUGGAAGACGACUUGCACGGCAAGGAGCAGAGGUUAUUCUGGCAUGAGGAUUCAAAGCCCGGGACGCUCGUGUAGACCGCCUGCAGCCCCGCAUCCGUACCCUGGCAUGCCUUGCGCAAAACGGCUGUGAC